CAUCCGGCCACGUUAAAAUAGCUUGUUUGAUAUAAAUUUUGCGAACCGGGGUUCAUUGGGGUUAUUUUCGCGGUGCGGAGCUGGGCAGAAAAAGUGUUGUGUCGUGCUCGGAGGCUUAAAUGCUUAUUUGAUAGCCAGCAGCAGUAGAAAAAAAAAUAAAGAAUGGACUACUGGUCAACGUGGUUGCUUUGCAUUUCGCUCCUCGGCACCGUUUUACUUACGAGUGGCGUCGAGUUAACCUUUGAAUUACCAGACAACGCCAAGGAGUGCUUUUAUCAAGAAAUCAAAAAGAAUGUCUCAUCCACGCUUGAAUUUCAGGUUGUAACAGGUGGACAGUAUGAUGUUGAUGUUACAUUAGAGGCACCAAAUAAAGAAAUUAUUUAUCGACAAGUGAAAACACAGUUCGACUCACACACAUUUGUACCAGCAGUGACUGGUGUAUAUAAAGCAUGCUUCAGCAAUGAGUUUUCCACAUUUUCACAUAAGCUCGUGUACAUGGAUUUCCAAGUUGGAGACGAGCCACCUCUUCCUGGCCUUGGUGAACACGUAACUGUCAUGACUCAAAUGGAGUCGUCCGCACAAGAGAUACACAAACAUUUGAGCAGUAUCCUAGAUUAUCAGACACAUCAUCGAUUACGUGAAGCUCAGGGCCGAAAGCGUGCUGAAGAUCUAAAUGAGCGUGUAUUGUGGUGGUCUGUUAUGGAGACUGCUGCAAUCCUUAUUAUUACUAUAGGCCAAGUUUUCGUUCUUAAAAAUUUCUUCACUGAAAGGACCUCCUUUCAAUCCUCCUUUCAAAAGCACUAACAUUGUCGUUAAUCAACGAGACCUCGUAACAUCGUGAGCCCGUUGCACAAUGUUCCUGUCUGAUUUUCUUGGUGAUCGACGAGCAGAUUUUUAAAGCGUCUUCUAGAUCGUUUAUUGCGUUGAUCGAGUGCCGGGACAGUCAUUUUCUAUUUCUGCGAUCGCUCGAUCGUAAAACGCCGGUCGAUCAUUGAUUCCCGAAUAGCGCGAGAACAGUAAGAGCCGUAACGUUCCGUCGUAAGCGCCAUUGGACAUACGUUUUACGUCGUGUGUAUUUGUACUUGGGUAUUAAUUUAUGGAAUGAUAGACAUGUGUACUUUAAUGAAGGUGCCAGUAUGACCUAUGAACUUUGAUGGGAAGAGUAGGAGCAAUAAAAUUGCCUUACAUCCUCUGCUUCUCAGAUUUUGGCGUGAGUGUUAAACCUACGUCAAAGUCAGCAGUUCAUUAUCGAUGACAGCAUCAUAUGAUUUAUGUUUCUUCAUACUGUAUGUGUGUAAUACAAUCGAUUAAAAUAUUUGCGUGAAUACUCGAA